AUGUCGUCUGGCGUAUUUUACUUCAGCAGCAAUCUAUUGCUGGAAGACCUUGGGACUACGAGCCGAGCCAUUACAGCUCGCACGUUUACAUUGGUGGCAGCGGUGUUUGGCGACGUUCACCCCCGGGACGUGGCUCGUGAGAAGGCUACGCAGGACCGCAGGACAAUGUUCGGAGGCUCUUGUACCGGUUUGGACGAGGACAAGCUUGGCGCAGGUUGGACUGAGGAUGUGUGUAACAUCAGAGUGGAGCUGCCCGCGCCAUUUUGUGGCGACGGGCGUAAACUCUUCGCUACGUGGAUUAAACAGUUUGAGGCUGCGGUUCGCGCCCAAACCCGAGGGGCGGGAAGACGGAGUUACACCGCCAAUUUGGCUGCUCUUUUGCCCACUAGACUGGACGGAGCCGCUUUUCUUCUGUGGGAAAGCCUUCCUGCAGCUACGCAAGGUGACUUUGACCGUGUAAAGGAGAAGCUAAAUGAGGCAUUUGGACAGAAACAGUUCAUAUUGUACUUCCAGACCUGUGUUUCUGCUCGGCCUAGGCUGGCUAAUGAGAGUUUGGAGAUAUAUGCGGCUGAUAUUUCGAGGCUUGUCACGGAGGCUUUUCCUGAGUACGACGCCAGGGCGCAAAAUGGAGAAAAGUUUAGGCGUUUCCUCGCCGGUCUGGACCCGGGCCUCCGUGCUAAAUGUCACGAACAGGGGGCUACUGAUCUGGACGAGGCCCUGAUUAUAGCUGGACGUUGUGAGCGGGCUAGGCUGGCCUUGGCCGCAGGGACGCAGACCGGCAACUUCGCGAAUGGCCCGGUGACCGUGGCUACACUUUCUCCUGCUGGUACCGCUGAUAGGGGCUGUGAUAAUAAGGACACAGAGAUUCUCCUUGGUGCUGUGGAGCGGCUGACGGCAAGGAUGGACAAAUUACAGAUGGAUGUGAUGGAUAUGAAGGCGAGUAGCCGCGACGUGGGGGAUGACAGACGGGCUCGUCUGUCGAACCGUGGAGCGCACAUGGACCAGCGUCGUCCGUGUUCGUGCGACUGUGGUGGAGAUGGCUGCCGAUCCGCUGCGAGGGUGCACCAACCGGGGUUUCACGGAGGGGGACGCUUUUCCCGAGGAGGAUGUUCGGAUGGACGCGACGAGGAAUGGCUUGCUCCUUCGAGGGGGUCCAAGGAAGGUUCACCAGAUGACCCGGCAAACCGUUUGGGGAGCAGGAGCCCCCAGAGAUCGCACCCCACGUUCACCUUCUCCAGCUGGACGGAACCAGGGAAACUACCGGUAACUGGUGUUGAGACCCGGACACCAGUUUUUCCCGCUGAGGGUCACAGUGGACGCUCAUCAGUUGUGGCUGAUGUCGCGUCAAUGGACUACAGACCGAUGGGUGAGUUCAAACAUACAUCCUAUGUAAAAGGACUGAUUGAGGGGGUAGAGGUUGCUGUUCUACUUGACUCUGGUUCGAACAUUUCAUUAUUUUCGGAGGACUUCAGAACCUCGAUCCCGGCCCUACGCAAACGCGUACUUGGUGCCGAGUACACAUUUGCUCAUGCUGUUAAUGGACAACUUUUGGACACGCUCGGAACUAUGACUGUUGCAAUCUGUCUGAGCGAGGUUUACGUAGAACAGACUGUACAUAUUGUCAGGGGGGCUACACAAAAAGUUCUUUUGGGUCUUGAUUUCAUGAUUGCAUAUCAGGCUGUUCUAGAUGUGGCUGGGGGGUUUGUUCACCUUAAAGGGAUAGACAUUCCUCUGUUGCAUGCUGCAGAUUUUAUCCCAAAAUGUUGCAACGUAACUAUGUCCACAGAUGUCAGUGUUCCGCCAUACUGUGAAAUGGUUGUUCCCGUGCAGGUAGAACUCCCCCGACCCACGGGUCCACACAUUGACUCUUACAUGGGGUACCUUGAGCCAGAGGCUCGUGACAGUGUGGAGUUUGUGGUUGCGCGUACAGUGGCGCCGGUGAAGGAUGGGCUCACUGUUGCGCGGCUGCUUAAUCCAACUGACCAUGAGCUACACAUGCACACUGGGUCACACUUAGGGGUUCUCUAUCAGGUUGACAAGUGUGAUGUUUUUGAACCUACGGACUGUGUGGACUCUGGUCAUCAGCAAAUAACCUUGCCGGAUCUAUCUGGCUGCCGUUUGUCGGACACCCAGAAAGAACAGCUGCAUGCUGUGUUGUACAAACAUCAGGAAGUUUUCCGUUCUGGGCGGGGUUUUUCCAAAAAUGACGGCAGGAUCAAACACAGGAUUAAUACCAGCAACCAUUCCCCAGUUAAGCAACGAGCUUACCGUACCUCUCCAGACAAGCGUAGGGAGAUGGACAAACAGGUGCAGCAGCUUUUGGCUGACGGUGUCAUUGGGGAAAGUUGUAGCCCAUGGUCCUCUCCUGUAGUUCUGGUUAGGAAAAAGGAUAAUACGUGGAGGUUCUGUGUUGACUACAGGGGCCUAAAUGCCAUUACGGUGAAGGAUUCGCACCCCCUUCCACGGGUGGAUGACACAUUGGAUGCUCUCGCUGGGGCCACAUGGUUCAGUACAUUAGAUUUCUCAGAUGGCUACUGGCAAGUUGAGGUAGCUGAAGAAGACCGUGAAAAGACUGCAUUCACUACCGGACGUGGGCUGUACCAGUUUAGGUCAAUGCCAAUGGGUCUGACCAAUGCUCCAGCAACCUUCCAAAGAGUCAUGGAGCUAGUGCUUAAAGGCCUCCCCUGGCAGAUCUGUAUGGUAUACCUUGAUGACAUACUUAUUUACAGUAAGUCCUUUAGUGAGCAUGUGGUGGCGCUGGACGAGGUGCUGUCAAGGAUUAGGUCUGCAGGCUUGCGACUGAAGGCAACGAAAUGUCAGUUGGCACGUGACCGUGUAGUGUUUUUGGGUCACGUCAUCUCGGCGGAGGGGCUACGUCCGGAUCCCCGGAACACAUGCAAGGUGGAGAACUGGCCCAUCCCUCGUUCCGCGACGGAGGUGCGUGCUUUCCUUGGCCUCUGUUCAUAUUAUCGGAGGUUUGUGAAGGAUUUUGCGCAAAGAGCCUCACCUCUUGUCCGCCUCACUGGGAAAAAUGCCCCUCUUCUGUGGACAGCAGAAUGCUAUGAGGCUUUCGAGUUCCUACGGAACACGCUGUGUUCUGAACCUGUAAUGUGUCACCCUGACUUUGCACAACCUUUUGUUUUAUACACAGACGCGUCCCAGACUGCAGUUGGAGCUGUGCUCGCGCAGACCUGUGAUGGUCUGGAGAGAGUUGUUGCAUACGCCAGCCAUGCUCUCACUGCAGCGGAGCGCAAGUGGUCCACGUAUGAUAGGGAGCUGUGGGCAAUAGUGUGGUCGGUCCGAAACUUUAGACAUUACCUAGGCCUACGGCCUUUUACCAUCGUUACUGACCACAGACCCUUACUUGGUCUAAGGCGGCUCCCUGUUGACAAUGACCAUACAGGUCGCCGUAGUCGCUGGGCUCUUGAGUUGGACCCAUACGACUGGGUGAUUGUUCAUAAGAACGGAGUGCAUCAUACCAAUGCUGAUGCUUUAUCUCGGUGUCCUGUCUUGCCUGUAGCAGCGGCAAGUUCGGGGACACAAACCGCUGAUUUUUCUGCCAGCAUGGUGUGCUCUGUUGGAGCCCCAGAGGAGUCCCCCCAGAAUGUGUCGGCCUCUGACAUGCCCAGACCUAUUGAGCCUGAUGUUCAGGCUGAUCAGGUCAUGAUUCAAUCCCUGUCUCAUGAUGGCUCUGACGUUAAGCAGCUCCAGGUGAGGGACCCAGAUAUUGCCUGUGUCCUAAACUGGCUUAAAGUAGGCCAAAGACCACCACGAGGGAGAAUAAAAGGUGCUGGCCGGGGAAUUAGGAUUUUGUGGCAUGAGUUUCCACGGAUGGCUCUGGUCGACGGGAUUUUGUGCAGGGUGGUUGCAUUGUCAGAUGUGGAGCAGACUCGGCAGAUUGUCGUACCAGGCGCCAUGGUUCCCGAGGUUUUGCGCCAUCUGCAUGGUGGUCCAUUGUCUGCCCACCUCGCGGUUGAGCGAACCUUGGCUCGGGCACGCAGCGUGUGCUACUGGCCCAGUAUGUAUGCGGACAUCCGUGCGUGGUGUGACCAGUGUUAUGCUUGCCAGAGACGCAAGUCCCCAGUUCCCCAUCAGCAAGCCCCUAUGAAGUCCUCUUUAGCACAGCGUCCUUUCCAACGUGUUGCGGCCGACAUACUGGAGUUGCCCAUCACUUCAAAGGGCAACCGUUAUGUUUUGGUCGUUGAAGACUACUUCACGAAGUUCGUUAAUCUUUAUGCCAUAACUGACCAGAGAGCCUCCACCGUGGCUGAAUGCCUCUUUAAUAGGCAUAUUCUCGAGCAUGGGGUGAUGGAAACUCUUCAUACGGACAUGGGCCGACAGUUUGAAUCUGAGGUUGUUAAACUUUUGUGUGAAAGGUUGGGGGUAAAAAAAACACAUACCACACCCUACAACCCCAAAUCAGAUGGCAUGGUGGAAAGACUGAAUAGAACCCUUAUUGAUCAGCUUGCUAAGAUUCUACUGGCAUGUGAGGGUGAGUGGGACUCUUUCCUGGCACAUGUAGCAUUUGCUUACAACACUAGCGUGCACUCCAGUACUGGGUUUACUCCUUAUUUUCUCACCCAUGGGCGAGAGGCUCGCACUCCAGUGGACAUGGUGCUGGGCCCGAGCCUGCAAUGUGGUCCCGGGCAGGAUUCUUCGAAUGAGUUUGUUCUUUCCCUGCAGAGACGCCUACAGACUGCUUUUCGGCAGUGUAGGGACAACAGCGUAACUGCCAGUGACAAACAGAGAGCAUUCUACGACAGAGGACAACGACAUCAGCCAUAUGAGCCCGGGGACCUGGUGUGGUUAAAUGAUCCGACGGAGAGCCGUCGUAAACUGGCUCCCCAUUGGAAAGGUCCUUACAGUGUGCAGCGGAGACUGGACAGGGACAACGUGGUUGGGGUUACCUAUGUGAUCAGUAGCCCAUUUGGAGAUGAGGCUCCCAUCCAAACUGUACACUAUGACCGACUGCGGCGCUACUGCCUUCCUGUGACCUUUCCACUGACUGGCCCGUCCCGGGCUCCAUCUGUGUGUUUACCAUCUCUCGGGCCUCCAGGCCUUGCUCUGUCACCAGAUGGUUAUGAUUCAGGGACCUCGAUUCCCCCACCUGAGUUUGGUGUUAGUUCCGGCCUUAGUUUGGAGGGGUCCUCUUUUCCUAUGGGUACUCCAGUACAGGUUUCUCGUGCUGGGCGGUGUGCCAAACCACCAGCACGUUUUGCUGAUUUUGUGAUGGGGUAAUGGUUUGGAGUUUGUAUUUUCUUUUGUU